AUGGAAUUGUAUGGAUAUUUGAUCGUUUUGCUAGUCAUUAUUGCAUUCGUUGCUUUAUUACCGUUAUUAUCAGGUGUCGGUGGUUUUAAUAAAGGUAAUAGUACAGUACAAGGUAAACGUAAGACUGUAAUCAACUUCAAAUUGAAAGAAGGUGAAGAUAAUAAAGGGAAAUCAUCUACAUUUGCUAACACACAUAAAUUUGAUACUGAUAAUAAGACUGGGCUAAAGAGAAGAGUUAUUGGAAAGUAUGAUAAUGAUCCAAACUCUUUCGAUUAUGAUAUCAAUGAGUUGAUUGAUGAGGAUGCGAAUGAAGAAAAAAGAAAACAAGAGGAGAGAUUGGCUGGCUUAAAAGGUAAAGAGGAAGAGCUAUAUGCCGAUCUUGCAUAG